UAGUCGAACUUUCCACACGAUGAUGAACUUCAACUUGUUUGGAGUUUUGCUCUGCAUGUUCAGUUGGACCUUGACAUCACUUUGUCAGUUUCACUCAGUUGUUGCUCAGCCUGGAGGAGAAGUCACACUGCGGUGCUCAAAUCUGAGCCGAGUCCCUGUGUUUCUCCACUGGUUCAAACUGGCUGAUGGACCAAAUCCCACUGUCAUCGUGUCUAUGAGUAUGUCUGGAUGGAGCGGUUUAAACAAAAUUCAACUCGGCCGAUUUACAAUGACAUCUAACAUCACAGACCUUUUUUUAGACAUCAGAUCAGUGGAUUUCUCUGAUACUGGACUGUAUUUCUGUGGAACACGCACAGCUGGAAACCCAGAAAUGUUCAGUGCAACACAUUUAAAAGUUGACGAUGUGUGUGAUGAAGUAACAAAUGUACCAACUCCGAUCCUGAGUGCUGUAACAAUUUGUCUAGUAAUAUUCAUCAUCUGUCUGGCUGCAAAAAUUUGGAUUUUGCAAAGAGCACAAGUUUGUACUCGGACUCAACCACAGAAUGAGAAUCUGAGCUCUGAUGAUCUGCAUUAUGCUGCUCCAAGUUUUCACGUGAAAGCAGGAAGCAACAGAAAACCUGCAGCAGAGAGAGAGCUGGAGACAACUGUGUACGCUGCCACGAGAUAAAUUCAUGUCAGAGUGGAAUAAAAGCCCCAGUAUCUGUGCAGGCUU